AUGAAGCCGAGCCACGUUCUUGUCUGGAGCGCUCAGCUCCUGGCCGCAGCGGCCCAGAACAACGCCACAAAUGAGACCACAUUGCCCCUCAGCACCGACAGCGAGUUCUCUUACAUAUUAAGUGUGGUUCUUGCGCUGUCCAAUAACUUGGGCUCAAACACCGGCGAAGUCCUUCGUGCUGCCUCGCAAAUCACGCCCGGUGAUUUUGAAAGCUGGUACAGCCAGUUCAGCUACCUCGCAGGCCAGAUCGAGGCCCAAGGCGACAGUACCACAUCUCCAAUCGGUCAACUGGAGUCUUACUUUCAUGCAGCAUCCUACUACCGGACUUCAGGCUUUUUCCUCGUUCACAACAGCUCUGAUCCUCGACUGUACAGUCUUUGGGACAGCCAACUGAAGGACUUCGCCCAGGCUAUCGAGCUACUCGCCUUUCCCGGCGAAAAACUCACCAUCCAGGCCCCAGGCUUCACCAUUCCAGCCUACUUCUACCCAGCCGAGACAUACUGCUCCCCAUCAAAGAAGGCGAAACGCGCCUGCGUUGACUCAACCAAGCGCCCAACCAUCGUUGCCGUGAGCGGCUACGACGGCAGCCAAGAGGACCUAUACCAUGGGAUAGGACGCCAGGCCACCUCUCGAGGAUACAACUUUAUCUCCUACGAGGGCCCAGGGCAGCCCACCGUGCGCCGCGAGCAAGGCCUCGGCUUCAUCCCGAACUGGUGGGACGUAGUAACCCCGGUGGUCGACUACCUCGAAACGCGUGAUGACGUCGACAUGGACAAGCUGAUCCUGCACGGCCAGUCCUUCGGCGCGAUCCUCGUCGUGCGCGCCGCGGCCGUGGAACGGCGCUUCGCGGGCGUGACGGUGGUGGACGGGCUAUACAACCUACAGCAGGUCCUCAAGGAUCUCUUCCCCGCGCAGCUGAUCCAGCUGUACGAGGCCGGCAACGAGACCGCCUUCAACGCGUACACCCUGGCCAUCUACAACAGCGGCCUGGCGCCCACCAGCUUCAAGUGGGUCGUCGACCAGGGCCUCUGGGCUUUCAAGACGAACUCGUAUUACAACUGGUUUGACCAGCUGGGCAACUACACUAUCGAUGGGUUCGCGCAGAAUCUGACGGUUCCCGUCUUUGUGGGUGGUGCCGACCACGAUACGGUCGGUCUGGAACAGGCGCCUACUGCUGCGCAAAUGAUUGGUUCUGAGGCGACGUUCCAUCUGUUCCAGUCCAACACUGGCGCAGGUGAACAUUGCCAGAUCGGCGCAGAGAGCCAACUUGGGCUGACGAUGUAUGACUGGGUUGCGAAAGUAGUCGGCUAA